UUUCUCACGCCAAGGGUGUUUCCUGCCACUUCCGCCCCUCCCCAGGCCUCGCCGGUCGAAAGGUCGCCGCCCACUGGGCUCCCGCUGCGGGGCGCCCUGUCAAGGCAGGGGCAGGUCUGCGGCCAGUAACGCCCCACUCAGGGCAGCGCGCGGCCCGAGAACCCCGCGGAGGGCUCAUUUCCGCUCUCAGCCCCACAUGGAGGGGACCGAGCCGCCGCGGAGGGCGCUGGGCUUGUGCGUCACUUCCGGUGAGCUCGGAGGCGACAACGGCAACAUGGCCCUGAACGGCGCUGGUGAGGACUUAGGCUGCGGGGGCUUGUGGCUGCGGGGCACUGGAGGCAGCCCGUUCCGGCCAGAGCCCCCAGCCCCUUGUGCCUCUCUUCCUCCAGAAGUCGACGAUUUCUCCUGGGAGCCCCCGACCGAGGCGGAGACGAAGGUGUUGCAGGCGCGGCGGGAGCGACAGGAUCGCAUCUCCCGGCUCAUGGGCGACUACCUGCUACGCGGUUACCGCAUGCUGGGAGAGAUGUGCGCGGACUGCGGGACGAUCCUCCUCCAGGACAAGCAGCGGAAAGUCUACUGUGUGGCUUGUCAGGAGCUCGAUUCAGACGUGGAUAAAGAUAAUCCGGCUCUGAAUGCGCAGGCUGCCCUCUCCCAAGCUCGGGAGCACCAGCUGGCCUCUGCCUCAGAGCUCCCCUCGGGCUCUCGGCCUGCCCCUCAGCCCCCGGUACCCCGGCCCGAGCACUGUGAGGGAGCUGCAGCAGGGCUCAAGGCAGCCCAGGCACCAACCCCUCCUGCUGCGCCUCCAGAUGCAGAUGUCUUGGCCUGCACACAGGGGGCUCUCCUGCAGAAGCUGACCUGGGCCUCAGCUGAGCUAGGCUCUAGCACCUCCCUGGAGACUAGCAUCCAGCUCUGCAGUCUUAUCCGGGCUUGUGCUGAGGCCCUGCACAGCCUGCAACAGCUGCAGCACUAAGACACCACUGAGAAAAACCCUCUAGAAAAACA